AUGGCGACACGUCUCAAGAGGAUAGAACAGUUGCUAGCUGUGGAUGAGCUUCACUAUUACACUGGCCUACUUGGAAGUCAUGUGGCUUAUAUCUUACGACGGUUUAGAAGAGUUUGCGAAGCGGUUGGCAACAAACGAAUACGACUUGUGUCAUGCAGUGCAACGCUCGCCAAUCCAGCAGAAUACAUGUCAAAAUUAUUCGCCAUCGAGAGUGCCUCAUUGGAAGUCAUAUCCAACGACGGUGCACCGUCUGGUAGCAAAGAAUAUAUUCUCUGGAACCCUCCAUUGAUAGAUGAAAUGGAUCCGUCCUUGGGACGACGAUCAUCGUUAUCAGAAGCGUCAAAGUUAAUGAGAACACUAAUGAAGAGCGGCCUGCGGGUUAUACUCUUUUGCAAGAUACGCAAAGUCUGUGAACUGGUGAGUGAGAUCGUAUCUCUGUGUCGGGUAGUCGUCAAAUACGAUAUACAACAGGCCAUGAAGACUCUCAAAGCGGAUCUUAGCAACGAAGGUCGCAUGGAUAUUGUGGAAAAGGAUCGUCGACAAAUUGAACAUGAGGCAUUCUCUGGCCAGUUAUUAGGCAUCAUCGCUACAAAUGCUUUGGAACUUGGUAUUGACAUUGGGGCUUUGGAUGCAGUCAUUAUGCUUGGAUUCCCUAUGACGAUUUCAAAUUUUAGACAACAAGCAGGUCGGGCAGGUCGACGCUCUCAAGAUUCGCUCGCCAUCAUGGUCGCGGAUCCUUUCCCUAUCGAUCAACAUUUCGUGAAUCAACCUUUGGGUUUAUUUGAGGAUUCGUUGGAUGAUCUGAUAAUUGACAUGGAAAAUGAAUUGAUAUUAGAGGCUCAUUUACAGUGUGCUUCCUACGAAAUGCCUAUCGCCAAAGUAGAUGAAAAGUGGUUUGGCUCUAUGUGCAUGAGCAUCUGUAAACGGAAGCUACUAAAAGAUGAUGAUGGAUGGUAUCAUCCAGAUCCCAAAUUCUUGCCUUUCCCUUCCAGACACGUUGCUAUACGCGGGACCCAGGAAGAAACAUACAUGGUCGUGGAUAUGACCAACAGCACAAGUUUGAACAAGUUGGAGGAAGUAGAAUUUUCGAGAGCCCUUUUUGAGCUAUAUGAAGGAGGCGUGUUUAUGCAUCAAGGAGAAACUUUCAUAGUCAAAGAGGUCAGCCAUGAUUCCAAAGUGGCCAAAGUCGUUCGAGCGGACGUCAACUAUAUAACAUCUCCAAGAGGCAGCAACAUAUUAGACGCGGUUGAACUGAUUACUCCACCCUGGGAACGAGAAACUAUUGGGUUCUGGAUCGACCUGCCCAAUGUCAUAUUGGAACGACUAUACGCCGAGGAAAUCGACGGAGCGGCCGCCAUACACGCUGCCGAACACGCUGUCCUUAACCAGUACGCCUUAUCCCAAGACGUUAAAACCGAUUGCAGGGUCGCAAAGGAAGGAUACGCCGAUGGUAAUACCUCAGCUAAACGGGCCCCCAGAUUAGUAUUCUACGAUGCUGUUGGAAAAACGGGCGGUGUAAUUUCUCGAGCAUUUGACAACGGCGUGCAAAGUCAAGCCUGCAAGGAUGCAAACUUGAUAUCUUCAAAGUCUGGUGCUAAGAUUAUUCUUGACUACUUAACGGGGACGCAGAUUGAUUGUAAAGAUGAUACACCUAGGACCUAG